GGAAAGGUUACGGAGGGGGAGGAGAGAGACAAGUUCUGAGGCUCGUUCCUGCUGCUCACGGUCGCCGUCAGUAUUACUGCUGAGUUCGGAGCUACCGGAGGUCCCGUGGAUACUCAGUCUACUCUACCGGACCGUUAAACCGUCUAACUGACACCCGCAGAAACUUCACAACUGAGCCCCCUGUUUCCCCCGGAAGCUGGACAAGCUAUCCGAGACUAUGCUUUUCUGUCUGCUGCCUCUCGCGGCUCUCUUGCUGCGCGCUGAGGGCAGGCGCGGGGAAACAGUGGUCCGUAACAACAACAAUGGCCACGCGCUGGACAACGACAAAUGGCUGAGCACGGUGUCUCAGUACGACAAGGACAGAUAUUGGAACAAAUUCAGAGAUGAAGUUGAGGAUGACUACUUCAAAAGCUGGGGUCCUGCCAAGCCAAUCGACCAGGAGACAGAGGGGAGGCCCGGGAGACAUGGGGAACCUGGAACCAAAGUCCACUCCAACCCAGGGAAGAGGAGAACAGAGGGUGUAGCUCUGGAUGCCACUAAACAUCCAUGUGUGAAGGUGCGCUGCCCUCCUCACAGGGUGUGUGUCAGCCACGACUACCAGACAGCCAUCUGCACCAACACCAACCACAAGCAGCCUACACACAGUGUGAAACCGAGGAAAGGAAGCUUGGCCUACAAGCACUGGGCAGGAGCAGGGGCCCAUGGGAAAUGUAGGCCAUGCCCUGUCAUCCACCCCAGCCCUGUGUGUGGAUCUGAUGGACACACCUACUCCUCUAAGUGUACGCUGGAGUUCCAGGAGUGUAAGUCAGGGAAGAACAUCGCUCUGAAGUGUGGAGGACCUUGUCCAUGUCUGCCUGAUCUGGAACUGGUCAAACCACACAGCCACAAAACAGAGAAGAGCGUCUGCAGUGAUGGGGACCUGCAUAGCCUAGCAUCCAGACUGAAGGACUGGUUCGGAGUUCUCCACCUCGACGCCAAUCGAGACCUCAAAUCCGCUGCCAACUCUGAUUCAGCGGCAGGACGUUUUGACACCAGUAUCUUGCCGAUCUGUAAGGACUCUCUGGGUUGGAUGUUCAACAAGCUGGACAUGAACUAUGACCUCCUGCUGGACCAAUCAGAGCUCAGCGCCAUCUACCUGGACAAGUAUGAGCUGUGUAUGAAGCCCCUGUUCAACUCCUGCGACUCCUUCAAGGAUGGAAAACUGUCCAACAACGAGUGGUGCUACUGCUUCCAGAAACCUGACGGUCUGCCCUGCCAGAAUGAGAUGAACCGGAGUCAGAUCCAGGGUCGGAGGAACACUGUCAUAGGGUCCUAUAUUCCACGCUGUUCUGAGGAGGGAUACUUUAAGUCAACCCAGUGUCAUGGCAGUACUGGACAGUGUUGGUGUGUGGACAAAUACGGCAACGAGAUCGCCGGCUCCAGAAAACAGGGCAACCCCACCUGUGAGGAGGACCAAGAGACCUCAGGGGAUUUUGGCAGUGGGGGCGCUGUCAUUCUCCUUGAUGACCAGGAGGAGGAGCCAGCUCAGAGUGGGAGGAGCCGGCAGAAGCAGAGGCGGGGCCGGAUCCAUCCCAGAGGGGCCAUUGAGGAUGACGAGGACGAGGAAGAUGACAAGGAUGAUGAGAUUGGCUACAUCUGGUAGCUCCGCCCCCACCUGUUCUCCCAUCAACCAACCAGGGACCCCCGUUAACUCUGAACAGACCUGAAGCCAUUCCAGCGUCUCCUUCGUACCCCUCAGCAUCAACUCUGUGUUCAACUGACUAUCCCCUCCUCUAUGCCUCUUGUUCACCUUGAAACUUUCUCUCCGCUACUCAACCUUCAUAUAGUGUGUCCCUCCUACUCUCCUUCAGAGAAUAGAGACGUAUUCAAUUCAAACAAAGACUGUCUAGUCUCUUUUAAUGUGUGUCCCUCUGCUACUGUGUUUGUCCUCAAACCCUUCAACCAUAGACUGACACAUUGCUAUAUCCUCUCUCUCUCUCUUUCUUGUUCUUACUCUCUCAUCUCCCCGUUCUCUCUCUCUUUAUCUGUAUCUGUGUCUGUGUGUCUCUGAGAGUCUCUUGUCUGACUGUGAGGUCAGAGACAAGUGUGAAGGUGAGAUUCUAUGGUGUGUUCUGGCCCUUCUGUCAAAGACUCCAUUUUCCGCUCCCGGCCUCACCCCUCAUGUUCUAGAAUACCAUAUUCUCUGUUUCCAGAAUAUUCUAUAGGCUCUUUGGUCGAGAAUAAUGUUCUUGCUGUUAUUGAAUGCUCCAGGGUGCCCUAGAACCAGAAAGAGUGAUGAUGUGUUACUUUUUGUUGCAUGUUCCCUGACUACGCCCCUGUGGAAAGACAAGUUUGGGUGGCAAGAUACACUGAGUGUACAAACAUUACGGACACUUUCCUAAUAUUGAGUUGCACCCUGCCCCUUUGCCCUCAGAACAGACUCAAUUCGUCAGGGCAUGGACUCUACAAGGUGUUGAAAGCGUUCCACAGUGAUGCUGGCCCAUGUUGACUCCAAUACUUCCCACAGUUGUGUCAAGUUGGCUAGAUGUGCUUUGGGUGGUGGACCAUUCUUGAUACACAUGGGAGCGUGGAAAACCCAGCUGCGUGGCAGUUCUUGACAUAAACCGGUGCGCCUGGCACCUACUACCAUACCCCAUUCAAAGGUUUUUUUCCCAAUCACCCUCUGAACGCCCCAUAUACACAUACAAUCCAUGUCUCAAUUGCCUCGCCUCAAGACUUAAAUUCCUUCUUUAACCGGUCUCCUCCCCUUCAUCUACACUGAUUGAAGUGGAUUUAACAGGAGACGUCAAUAAGGGAUCACAUCUGGUUUCGCCUGGUCAGUCUAUGUCAGGGAAAGAGCAGGUGUUCCUAAUGUUUUGUCCACUCAGUGUAUAACUCUCUAUGUAUCCUGUGUCCGUUGUUGGAAAGGGACCUGUAAAGUAAGAAUUUCACUGUUAGUCUACACCUGUUGUGUACGAAGCAUGUGACAAAUAAAAUUGGAUUAGAUGUUGAUUUGACAAUGUCCAUAUUGGCUGCUGCAGUGCUCCCUCCCCUUGCUGUCUCAAUGCUGUGCAGUCUUUAUUUGAUGCUUCCUCUUCCAAUUGAGCUUUUAAAAGUUCAAAACCAUGUUGUUAGCCACUUACUAAAUAGCAACCGCUCUCUUCAACUUGAAAGCUUUGAUAAUGACUUUUCCCCCAGCUAGUUUUGUACUUCUGUUUCAGUUGGAGGCACUUAGUCUGUAGAACUACAGAACCAGAGAAAUCUAAUUGUGGUCACACAAAGAGCCCUGCCAUUAUUCAGACCUUUUUCAAACCCUCCCAAAUCCAGCCUGCAGAUUUAGAAACGGACACAAAGAGAAAAUGCUUUUAAGGGUUCGCUUUGGGGGGGGGGGGGACACAACAAGAAGCAGUGAGUCUGUUAAAAGGAACAUAGCAUAAUGGUUUUGUUUGUCAUAGAGUUUUAUUUCUGUAGCCAUUGGUGUGUACUGUUGACUGAGGAAGUGGAACAUUCUAUACCUUCUAUUCUAAAUAAGUUCCUGCUUUUUUCCCCCAGAAUAUUCCGCGUGGUAAUCAAGUGAGGUCAGUUAUCGGAACGUAUCUAGCACACAAACCCAGAUGAGAUAGGCUUAACCCAGAAGGCAGGCUUUUGAACAGUUAAGCCUUACACUGGAACAGUAUAAGCACACCCACACAAUGCUCAGUGGCAUUCCACUUUGAUAAUGACAGGCCUUGGAUGAUCGGACGUAUAUAUUCGAGGGUCUGAGCCGGACACUAUAUUAUCAGUUGUCAGUACUGUAUUUGUAAGGCUUGUGUUUCAUUGGUCUUGUAAUGCAGCAUAAUGAUACAUUGCUCUUGCUUUGGCGUGCUUUGGCGUGCUUUGGCCAGCAGGAACACAUCUUGAACGGAUCUUUGAUUAAAGUGUGAGACUCUUGUGAUUGACACUUUGGCUCAUCCCUUACGGAAAAAGAUUCCAGUCAGAGUGCAGUAUAACUGUUGUUUUUACUACAGUAAUUCAGCAGUUUAACUGCAGUUAUUCUGCAAUUACUGCGUCCAAAAUACCAAUGCACUUACUACAGUUUGCAGUUUUCAAUCUUUUUUUGAAAGGGAUCCAGCACUGACUAAAACUUCACACAAUACAUCACUGAGCUCUUCUACUCUUCAGCCAAUCAGUUGGCACCACUGAUGUUUCACUCUGUAAAAUAUAAGUGUAGUUCCAGGCAGGCACACAGCAAAUUAGAAAACAGCCUUUCACAACCUAACACUGAUUGCUCACUUUCAAAUCUCCCACUCUCUCACUCUUCCUCUGCUCCCUCUCUCACAGCCUUCCACUCCCUCUAGCUCCCCCUCUCUCUUGCUCAUCUUCACUAUCAUUUUGUCACUCACUUAUUUUCCCCUUUUUUCUCCCUCUCUCUACCCUCCUCUCUCUCUCACUCUCUCCUCUGUUUUUCACACUGGGGGAAUGUGUGAGGGAGUUUUACAGCCAUAGCGCUCCUCUCUCUCGUUUCCCUUAUUUUGUUUUUUUAUAGCUCAGAGAUGUCUCCCCUGCGAGGCUGUCAUAUCGCUCGCUGCCUUGUCUCUCAGCCCAGGGUCUCUGUGGAGACGAGUAAUGCACACCAUGAUUGGGCGGAAUGGGGGGUGUGGGUAAUGGGUGGUCAUUUAACGCCCGUAGAGUCAACCUUUCAUCUCGCUCCAAGAUGAAAGACAGGCAGAGGAACUCAGGCGAAGAAAUGUAUGCUUUUGGGUUUUGGGGAUUCUUUCGCUUUCCCUAAAAUGUAUAUUUUUCUCUAAUGCCUAUCCUCCCUUUUCGUUCUCUGAUCUUAUUUGUUUCUUCCUUCCCCCUCUCUCUCCUUCCAGCUCUCUCUCCUUCCCCCUCUCUCUCCUUCCAGCUCUCUCUCCUUCCCCCUCUCUCUCC